ACCACUAGCGUGUGAUGUUGAUGUGACGCAACAACUAUCAGCUGUUUUGUUUUGCUUCAUUCUCUGUGCUCCGCUCGAAGUCGUAAAUGUACCAAAAACUUGCGUUUUAAUUCAUUAAUGUGAGGCAGAAGAAUAGUCGAAGCGUUAAAGUAUAUUUGUCUUCCACUAUAUCCAGUUUUUCCUCAGUAGGUCUCCGCUUUGCCACUAUCUUUCCGAGAGGUCCAGCCGAUCCCAGGCCUCCGAUCCAGGGCGGAGGGAGGGAAGGAGGUCGCUGGGAAUCGGGAUGGAGACCGGAGAUGUUGGGCCGGGGCUGUGCUGCGCCUCCUUCAACCAGGACUCCACGUCUUUGGCUGUGGGCACCAAAACUGGAUACAGGCUAUUCUCUGUGACCUCGGUGGACAAACUGGACUGCAUUCAUGAGAGCAUAGAAACUCCAGAUGUGUAUAUCGUGGAAAGGCUUUUCUCCAGCAGCCUGGUUGUGGUGGUGAGCCAGUCCAUGCCACGUCGCAUGAACGUCUACCACUUCAAAAAGGGCACAGAGAUCUGCAACUACAGCUACUCGAACAACAUUCUUGCAGUGCGUCUAAACAGACAGAGUCUAGUUGUCUGUCUGGAGGAAUCCAUCUAUAUCCACAAUAUAAAAGACAUGAAACUCCUGAAGACCCUUCUCAACACACCAUCAAACCCAUCAGGUCUCUGUGCUCUCUCCAUCAGCCAUUCCAACUCUUUCUUGGCAUAUCCAGGAAGUGACACCAUUGGAGAAAUUAUUGUCUAUGAUGCCAACAAUCUGAGCACUAUGACCAUGAUUCCAGCUCAUGACAGUCCACUGGCCGCCAUCACCUUCAGUGCUUCUGGCACCAAACUGGCCAGUGCUUCUGAAAGGGGCACAGUGAUUCGAGUCUUCUCCAUCCCAGAGGGACUGCGCUUGUUUGAGUUCCGGCGGGGGAUGAAGAGGUAUGUCAACAUCAGCUCCCUUUCCUUCAGCCCGGAUGCUCAGUUCCUCUGUGCCUCGAGCAAUACAGAGACGGUGCACAUUUUCAAGCUUGAACAGCACAGCCCAAGUGGGGAGGAGCAAGCUCCCUCUUGGUCAACAUAUGUAGGUAAGAUGUUCACAGCAGCCAGUAGCUACCUCCCAGCACAGGUGUCAGGCAUGAUGAGUCAAGACCGAGCCUUUGCCACCGUCCGGCUCCAGAUGGCAGGUCAGAAGAAUGUCUGUGCCCUGGCAACAAUCCAGAAGCUUCCACGUUUGCUUGUGGCCUCCUCUGAUGGGCAGCUAUUCAUCUAUAACAUUGAUCCUCAAGAUGGGGGUGAAUGCACUCUGGUGCAGAAGCACAGGUUGUUUGGAUCAGAUAAGGAGUGGGAGGAGACUGAGAAAUCCAAACUUAUGGAGCCACCGCAAGCAUGCCAGUCCUAUGCUGCCACUGUGGCCAUCCCCACCUCUGGACCCGUUACAGCCACUCUCACAGGCUACUCAGAGGAUGGGGGAGCUAAGAAGGGUGAGGUGAUUCCCGAACACGAGUUUGCAGCAGGGCCCGUGUGCUUGGAUGACGAAACUGAAUUUCCUCCCAUAAAUUGGUGCCGUGACGGAUCUGGGCGAGGCAAGGGGAGACGACCGUGAGAGGGUAGAGAACAGGUGGAGGCUGCAACUGUCACAGGAGGAUCCUCAGUGCAUGAGCAAGGACAAACAGAU